UUCCUAUGUUCCAAGCUUAGAGAAAGCAGAUACAAAGUGAGGUUACUGUUUACCAUGAGCAUUACGGAAAGCAGUAAGUCUCCUGAGAUAGGAAAAAGACAUUGAUUUCUCCAUGUUUUUCAUAUUCCACAAUACUCUUGAAAAGCAGUUUCUCAGCAUAUAGCUAUUGAUCUACUGCUCAGGAAGGUCAAUUAAAUAUGAGAUCACACAAACAGGAAACACGUUCCUGCAAGUUCCUUGCAAACUGCCCAAGAGUUCCAGCCAAAGAUGGUGGCGAUGAGUAGCCUGAGGGUCAUUCUUCAGGCCUCUCUAUGCAAAUUUCUGUGGAGAAGAUGCCAAAUUCUGAGAUCCACACCAGUGAGGCCCUGCAGCCUCUACACCUGCACUUACAAAACCCGGAACCGAGCCUUACACCCUCUCUGGGAAAGAAUGGACCUGGCCCCGGGGGGCGAGCGCCAGUCGCCCAUCAACAUCCGGUGGAGGGAUAGUGUCUACGAUCCUGACUUAAAACCACUCACCAUCUCUUAUGACCCGACCACCUGUCUACACCUCUGGAAUAACGGAUACUCUUUCCUUGUGGAAUUUGAAGAUUCUACAGAUAAAUCAGUGAUCAAGGGGGGACCCCUGGAAGACAACUAUCGACUGAAGCAGUUCCAUUUUCACUGGGGGGCCAUCGAUGCCUGGGGCUCUGAGCAUACUGUGGACAGCAAAUGUUACCCGGCAGAGCUGCACCUGGUGCACUGGAAUUCAGUCAAAUUUGAAAACUUUGAGGAUGCAGUACUGGAAGAAAAUGGUUUGGCUGUGAUAGGAGUAUUUUUAAAGCUAGGGAGAAAUCAUAAAGAGCUACAAAAAUUGGUGGAUACGUUACCAUCAAUUAAGCAUAAGGAUACCAUAGUGGAAUUUGGGUCGUUCGACCCUGCCUGCCUGAUGCCCACCUGCCCGGACUACUGGACCUACUCAGGAUCCCUGACUACCCCACCGCUCUCCGAGUCUGUCACCUGGAUCAUUAAGAAGCAGCCUGUAGAGGUUGAUCAUGAUCAGCUUGAGCAAUUUCGGACCCUGCUUUUCACUUCCGAGGGGGAGAAAGAGAAAAGAAUGGUGGACAACUUCCGCCCCCUGCAGCCCCUCAUGAACCGCACUGUCCGCUCAUCCUUCCGUCAUGAUUACAUCCUCAACAUACAAGCAAAAUCCAAGCCAUCGACCAGCCAAGCUAGCCCCUAAGACGCCCAGAUGUAGGUGGUGUUUUGCUUUAAUACAUAAUAGGUUUUCCAAAACUUAACUAAGACUAUUCUAAACACCUGCGUUUAAUACUAAGUAUAGAGGUGCAUUUUUUGGUAUUAGUAGUGCUCCUUCAGUCUUUUAUUGAUAACGAUGUUUAUCACUGAAGUAGCAACAAGAAACACAAGUUGGCUUUUAGAAUGUCUUUUAAUGUCUGACAUUUUUGAGCUGUCUUUUUAUAUCAUCAGUUAGUGGUUAUAUACAGUUGUAAGUAGGUAUGACAAUCAAAAUAUUGAACCACUGGUAAGGCACAAACUGGUACUUGCUGGCUGAACAUUGGCCAUGAUUUUAGGUACAUUUUAUUUCAAAACAUGGAUGAAUUUUCUUUUUUAAGGCCUUCUCACUGAGCAUACUUGCUCUGAUCUUUAGUUAACUUACAAGUACAGGAUUUGCUUGCUUUCUUACUGUCAAUUUGUGAUACAGAAAAAAUAUUUUGUAAUCCUAGGAAGACAAAGAUUUACUGAUAUCUGAAAAUCUUUUUGCAUUUCUGAAGAUCAGAUAUUUUACUUAAAGGCCUGGUCAUAUAGAAAGCAUAUGCAGCGUAGAACAUUUUAAAGGAAUUGCUUGAAGUGCCUCAAACUUAGAAUUCUUUCAUGACAUAUUUAUAGAAGUAUUUUUCAAAUGACUAGUAAUAUAACCUAUAGUUUAUAAUAUUUUGCAUUAUUUGUACACUGUUUCAUAGACUACAAUAAUAUUUUUCCACAAAGACAAAACAAUCUUAGCUUCCUUUUAAAGCUGUCUGGACUUUAUUUCCUUAGUUGAUGUUCUGGGCAAGACAGAUGAUCAAAAUAAAUCUCCCAGCUUAAACAGUGGCAUAGAAAACUUUUGCUACAGUAAUGGGGGAGAAACUUGUCAGCCAGGCUAAACUCUAGGUAAUUCUACACAUUCCAUGGAAUCCAUGCCACUGUUGCCCUUGCUUGUAAAUAUCUUGGGAUGUUUCUAAAGGCCAAUAAGCCUGUGUUCAGACUCAAUAUUGCAUUCAUUAGUAGUAUUUCUUUCAUGAAUAUGCUAGUCAUCUGGUCUGCAAGAUAGAGUUGGAUAAAUAUGCUUAACACUACUGAGCCAUACACUGAAAAAAGUUAAGAUGAUAACUUUUAUGCUAUGUGUAUUAUUAAUUAAAAAUCAAUAGUAAUUCAGUAGGAAGAAAA